CUUUGACGUGAGCCGGUAACCAGAUGCGUAAAGCUCAUGUCCACACCUUCUCGCUCACUCCUCUCCUCUCCACCAUGCAAACUCAGACCGGCUCAGCCCUUCUGUGGGUGCUACGUGGUUGACGAUCACCACCGGAAUAAAUGUCCAUUCAACUAGCUUGGCUGUUUCGUUUGACUGUUGAAAGUUGAAACCGCGACUAUUUACUGCAUGACCAGACCAUUGAGCAAUUAUCCUGUAUUUGAGGCCUCUGCGCCCGCAAGCUCGCCCCUCCUCUUCAGUUCAUCAUGCAUCUCCUCUUAGAUAUCGCAUUGCUCCUCUUCCUGUACAUGUCAGCAUGUUCUGCCGCGACAACGGAGACCAUCUUGGCCGGCCAAGCACUCACCGUCAACGACAAGCUCGUCUCCAGGAACGGCAGGUACGCGCUGGGCUUCUUCGAAACAAGCAGCAAAUCCUCCGGAAACACUAACAAUUGGUACCUCGGCAUAUGGUUCAAUACGAUCCCCAAAUUUACUUCUGCAUGGGUUGCAAAUAGGGAUAAGCCAAUCAAGAAUAUCACCUCAUUGGAGCUCACAAUAUACCAGGAUGGCAACCUUGUCAUCUUGAACCGGUCCACCAAGUCCAUAAUCUGGAGUACACAAGCAAACAUCAAAAGAAAUAGUACCACUGCUAUGCUGUUGAGUAGUGGAAAUCUCGUCCUAACAGACUCUUCAAACACAACAGAAAUUUUGUGGCAGAGCUUUGAUCACCCCACGGAUACAUUUUUCCCAGACGCGAAGCUUGGAUGGGACAAGCUCACCGGUCUCAACCGCCAUAUUGUUUCUUGGAAGAACUCAAUCGACCCAGCUACUGGUGGGUAUCGUUACGAGUUAGACCAUAGUGGUGUUAACCAGUUAUUCGUUGGACCACUGAGCAGCUCUGCACCAUAUUGGUACAGUGGUCCAUGGAACGGCAAAUACUUUGACUUGGUUCCAGAGAUGGCACGAGACAUUAUUUGGAGAUCGAAAUUUGUCGACAUGGGCCAUGAGAAGUACUACACAUAUAGCUUAGUGCAAGCCAAGAGGAUUACUCGCCAUGUUAUUGACGUCUCGGGCCAAGUAAGGGUGUUCGUUUGGUCUGAGCGCUCACAGGACUGGCAGAAGGUCUUCGCCCAGCCAAGAAGUCCAUGUGAUGUCUAUUCAGUUUGUGGACCUUACACAAUUUGCAAUGAUAAUGUGGCUCUAAACUGCAACUGUAUGAAGGGCUUCACCAUCACAUCCCCCAAGGAUUGGGAAUUAGAAGAUCGAACUGGUGGGUGCUCGAGAAAGACUUUGUUAGACUGCAUUAGCAACAAAAGCACAACACAUACCACAGACAACUUCUACCCUGUGCCAUGUGUCGGGUUGCCCCGGAAUGCUGCAAAAGUAGAAGUUGCUAAAAGUUUGAAUGAGUGUGCACAAUUUUGCCUGAAUAACUGCUCUUGCACCGCGUAUUCCUUCAGCAAUGGUGGAUGUUCUAUCUGGCACAAUGAACUGCUCAACAUACGACAACUACAAUGUGAUGGCAGCACCAAUUCAAAUGGAGAAACUCUUUACCUUCGCCUUUCUGCUAAAGAUAUUCAAAGUUUGGAAAACAACAGAAAACGGAUUGUCAUUGGAGUUGCAACUGGUAUAGGCAUUUGUGCUCUAGGCUUAUUCGCACUCAUCCUCCUAGUAAUGAUUUGGAGAAACAACAGGAAAAGCUCUGGCCGCAUACUGAAUGAUGCUCUAGGUUGUAAUGGAAUCAUUGCAUUUAGACACACCGAUUUACACCGUGCAACGAAAAAUUUCACAGAGAAGUUAGGGAGAGGCAGCUUUGGUUCUGUAUUUAAGGGGCUUAUAAAUGAUUCAGUUUCCAUAGCAGUGAAGAGGCUUGAUGGUGCUUAUCAAGGAGAGAAGCAAUUCAGAGCCGAAGUGAGCUCGAUUGGAGCUGUUCAGCACAUCAAUUUAGUUAAGCUUGUUGGUUUCUGUUGUGAGGGUUCUAGGAGAUUGCUUGUUUAUGAAUACAUGCCGAACCUCUCUCUUGAUGUCCAUCUAUUUCAAAACAAUUCCACUAUGUUGAAUAGGACUGCUCGUUAUCAGAUAGCCCUGGGAGUUGCCAGAGGGUUAGCCUACUUGCAUGAGAGCUGUCGAGACUGCAUCAUACACUGUGAUAUUAAACCAGAAAACAUACUGCUUGAUGCUUCAUUCCUCCCAAAAAUUGCAGACUUUGGGAUGGCAAAGCUUCUAGGAAGGGAUCAUAGCCGAGUCUUGACUACAGUCAGAGGAACCGCAGGGUACCUUGCACCUGAAUGGAUUACUGGUGUUCCUAUUACACCAAAAGUUGAUGUUUAUAGCUACGGGAUGGUGUUGCUGGAAAUAAUAUCUGGAAGGAGGAACUCGUGCGGACCAUGUACCAGCGAUGGCAACCUUGAUAUUUAUUUCCCCGUGCAUGCCACACAUAAGCUUCUUGAAGGAGACGUCGAGAGUUUGGUAGAUCAGAAGUUAGAUGGUAAUGUCAAUCUGGAUGAGGCUGAGCUGGUUUGCAAGGUUGCAUGUUGGUGCAUCCAAGAUGAGGAGGUCGGUCGACCAACAAUGGGAGAGGUGAUCCAGAUUCUUGAGGGUCUAGUUGAUAUCAGAAUGCCCCCAAUACCAAGACUACUUCAAGCUAUUGGUGGAAGCUCGCAUUCGACGCGCGUGUAACCUAUUUCUCAAGGGAAACUAGCUCAACUGAAUGCCUAAAUGAUACUCCCUCCGUAAAGAAAUAUAAGAGCGUUUAGAUCACUAAAGUAGUGAUCUAAACACACUUAUAUUUCAUUACAGAGGGAGUAUGAUACAUAUGUUUAUAUUUAAACAGGAGUUGUAUUUACUAUGGAAAUGUGACGCUUAUGGCUGGAGAUAAAUUUGUGUUACUUGGAAAGGUGUGAUGCGUUAUAAUGUUAGGCAUGAAAAUUAGUUAUGUAACUAAUGACUCUGCUAUGCUCUGUAUAUGCUUCAAAAAAUUGUUUGUCUCCCGGUGUCGAUGUAUCUUUUGAUAAGAGUUGACAGGUUCCAUGAGAAACAAACCAAAAUGACUCUGGCCUAUGACCUAUGAGAUCAUGACUUUGAUAGUGCGACAGCCGACGAGGCAAGCGGCUGGUGGCUUGGGGGUGUAAGAAAUGGAACCGCAGCGCAUGCAUGUGUGACGAUGUGGGUUGCCUUGACACUCAUACCAAGUAAUGGUGGUGUGCUGGUGUCGUUGCAAGGCGAAGCCAAAGGCGGCAGCAAUCCUUGCUCGGUAGUAGCAAAACGGGGCGCACCCGAACGGCAAUGUGGUUCACAGGGGAGCACAUAAAGUCAAGGCGAUGAUACUGGAGGGAAGACGCUGUACACAG